AUGGCACCAAUCGCAAUCCCUGAAUCACAGACUAUCCUCUUACUGAAAGGGCCAAAACAGCCAUAUCAGCUGGUCGAUGACUAUCCUAUCCCUGGACUCAACACAGGUUCCGAGAUACUGGUCAAAACUCGGGCUAUUGGCCUCAACCCAAUAGACUGGAAGGCACCUGAUUUCAACUUUGCCAUUCCAGAGUUACCUUAUAUAUCUGGAAGAGAGCUUGCCGGAGAUGUUUGUCGAGUAUUGGACUCAUCCUCACGGUUGAAGCUUGGUGACCGUGUGAUCGUUAUAUCCACCGACUAUCGUGAUCUUCGGAAGGCAGCUUACCAAGAAUUUGUCGUCAGCUUUGACUACAAUGCGGUACGGCUACCCCAAGCUCUAUCCUACGAAGAAGGGUCAACGCUGGGCGUAGCUUUUGUCGCCGCAUCUUUAGCGUUGGGGAUCUGCAUGGGAGUCGACUUUAGCGAUGUCACGAACGGCCCAGAUCUUUUGAAGCUCGUCAAAGCAGCCGAUCCAGACUCCAUUCCCGAGGAUGUCCGCGCAGAAACCCUGACAGGCAUUCCGGAAGGUGACCGUGCCCGCCCUGGCGAUUGGAUAGCUGUGUGGGGAGGUUCAGCAACAUCGGCGAAUCUUAUCGUCCAGCUUGCUAGACUCGCAGGUCUGAAGGUUGCAACCAUUGUGGACAGUGCCCGGCAUGGUUUGCGAAUCUCAAAUCACAGAUCCAUACGUCCGGAUCUCCUGAUUGACAGCCAUGACCCUCAAAGAGCUGUCGAUGUCCUCAAGGCAAAUGUAGGUGACGACCUGAGGUUUGGCAUUGACACUCGCGUUGGCCACGCUUUAGUUACUUGGCUCGAAAGACUGCUGGAGCAGGGCCUCGUCUCGCCUCCAGAAAUCAUAGAUAUCGAAGAGGGUCUCGAGAAUGUGAAUGCAGGUCUCGACCGGAUGAGGAAAGGGGAUAUUAGGGGCGGGAAGUUGAUUGUAAGAUUGGACGAGUCACGAUAG